AGGAAACGCGCCCGACUCAGGAAGCGACGGGAAUCAGGAUCCGACGGUGAAACCGAGUCGAGGUCCGAGAAGAAGAGAAUCAGAAGAAAGAGAGGAAAAUGGAGAGAGAAGAAGACGACCCAGUGAGCGAGGUUCUCAGAGAUCGAUUCAGCUCUCCACCAUCUCUAUCGCUGAUGCCGAAGGUACUAAAAUCUUCACACUCAUUAAUUCGACGGCUUUUGAUUUCGUUUCUGGUUUUUUUCUCAGUUUUCAAUUAUAGUUCUCCAAGCAGCGAAGAGAAGGGGCAUGGAGAUAUCAGAACCCGUGGUGGCUUGCAUUUCCGACUUGACCUUCAAAUUAAUUUACUGGUAGUUGCUGGGGUUUCUUUGGGCACCCAAAAUAUAAUGGUGCAAGGUUUGCUGCUUGUAUAAUAUUCGUGGGACUGAUGUUGAUUACGGUCCAGUUGUUCAUGCCUUUGCGAUAGUUACUCUGAACUCAGCUUUCGUCUAUGUAGACAAAAGGAAGGUUGAAUCUGAGAAUGCACAAAACAGGUCGCCCUGUACUUGUUGGCACAACUAGUGUUGAGCAGAGUGAUUCAUUGUCUGAGCAUUUGCAAGAAGUUGGCAUUCCCCAUGAGGUUCACAACUAGAGCAGGAGAGAGACCUGGAGGGUGCAGCAGCUAAACAUAAGAGAAAGCAGGCUUCAUCAAACUUUGAACAGACCUCUAGUAUAGAUGGUUCAAAUGUUGACCAUGAGAGAGACCUGGAAGAUGCAAAGGAUAGAUCCCCCCAAACACUUUGUAUUUUUUUUCGCUUUCUCUAAAACUUUCAAACCCUAGUUAAUAACAUUUGACUUUAGCAGACCUCCUUCUCCAAGCUGACCCUCGUCGAGUCCCCGACCUCCUUCUCCAACCUGACGUGCUCCAAGUCCCCCACUUCAUUCUCCGAUCUAAGCCGACUGGAGCUGCCUCUGACCUGUCUCUCCCUCAUUAACCGCCUAUGUCCCCUCACAGGCGUCAUCGCCUUUGCCGGCAAGCUCUCUCCGGCCGCAAGCCGGUGCUUCUCACCCAACAGGUCCAAUUGGCCUCCACACUUUGUUCUUUGUUUCUGGGUUUGCAUAUUGUCUCUUUGCUUUGGAGAAAUGGAGGACACGAUGCCCAUUUGCAAGACUGAUACUCUAACUCCGAUCUGGAAGUCCAUUGGACUACUGGAAAGCAACUUCGCAUUGGACUACUGGAAAUCAAAAGGUAACAUUCAGAUCCUUACUGCAGCUGGUCUCGAUAGAUAUGGAGCGAAUGUAUGGCUUCUGUCUCCUCCUCGCCAACCCUAUACUAGACAAGGUCUCCAAAAGCAAUCUGGUGAUGCUCAGGCAUUUUCAUUUCUCCAGAUUCUUGAGUUGAUACCACACACCUCGCAACCUCCAAUAAUGUUAUUUGUGGAAAAUGUUGUUGGAUUUGAGACAUCUGAUACACAUGGAAAAAUGAUAGAGAUAUUGAGAAGAAGUGAUUUUGUUACACAGGAGUUCAUAUUGAGUCCCUUGCAGUUUGGUGUACCAAUAGAAAGCUUUCUUGAAUUCAAGAAUUGCCGUGAUCAACCGAACUUUGUUGACAACACCACUGUUUAUACAGAUACCAUUGGAGUAUUGGAGAAAGAUGAAGAGAAUGGGUGUUGUACUAGCACCUUGGAUCAGUACUCUGUUCCCUCAAGCUUGAUAGAGAGAUGGGGAAGUGCCAUGGAUAUUGUCUACCCGGAUUCAAAGCGAUGCUGUUGUUUUACAAAAAGUUAUUAUCGAUAUGUGAAGGGUACUGGCUCCCUUUUGGCAUGAGAAAAGUCGGUUUUAGAGGUUAAAGCAUCACAAACUCAGAGGGGCAGGGAUACCACUGUUUAUACAGAUACCAUUUGUUUGAAACUUCACUUCAUUAGAUUCAGUUUGUUGUUGGUUUUGAGUUUGGGUUUGUAUGCUACAUAUUCACAAUUCAAACAAACAGAUUUGAAAUUUUCAUGCUUGCAACUAAGAUGACCUAUGUUUAUGUAGGCACAAGUGGGAGGUGAGUGCACACAUACAUCAAUAGUUUCCUCUUUGCAGAUAUGCUGUUGUGGUGAACAAGCAAUAAAAAAAGGUUUCUUUAACUAUUAGCGCAUUUCAUUAUGACUUACAUUGAUAUAUGUUUGUUGUGUAUAUAUAUAUAUAUUUGUAGUGGGCGGUAAAGACUCGGAAAGGAUAUACUCAACAACAACUUGACGAGGUGCGCAUGGAGGUGGCCGACUACUUGCAGACCUUGUUGUAGAUUCUGACUAGGAUGGGGAUUUUGAGUAAGGCUAGAUUGCUAUUUUGGUUCACUUUGACUACUUACAGACCUUGUUGUAGAUUCUGACUAGGAUGAGGAUUUUGAGUCAGGCUACAUAGCUUUUGGUUCACUUUUUUUGUAGUAGAUGAAGUGAAUGCAGCAAUUAUGAACAAAAUUGCUGUAUAUAGGCAUUGUUAGGCUAGCCUUGUAGUAGGUUAAUUGGGGUUUUGUUUUGCCUAUUUUGUGAACUGUGAAUGAUGAUGAUUUUGGACAAAAUACCCCAAUAUAUAUUGAAAUCACUUUGGUCAA